AUGUCCGCCGUCUCCAAGUUGUCUACUGCGUCGCUUUUCGAUGCCAGCUCGACUGUUGCACGGGCAUACGCAGGCGAAAUCGCCGAGCUUGUACAGCGGCUUCGGCUUUGCGGCAUACAAGUCGACGAGACGCAGGGCCACGGCUUGCCCCCCGACGCCCAGAUGCACGACCGCGCGGCCACCGUUCCCGCCGUCGUCGUGUCGCCAAGAGGCGAAUGGGGCAUCGUGCAGACCUUGACGGCCAUGAAGGACCUGGACCUCUACGCCAAGAUGCCCGUCUCGGUCAAGAGCGGCGGCCACGGCUACUUCAACGGGGCGACGUGCCCCGGCAUCAUGGUGAACCUGGCACACAUGGCGGACAGCCGCGUCGACGGCGACGUGCUCACGCUGGGGCCGGGCUGCGUGCUGGGCCAAACCAUUGCCACCCUCGCCAGGCACGGCAAGGCCGUCCCGCACGGCGACUGCUACGGCGUCGGGGCCGGCGGCCACUUCACCACGGCGGGCUGGGACCUCGUCCUGACGCGCCGCCACGGCAUGGGCUGCCAGUCCGUCGUGGGCGGGCGCGUGGUGCUCUGGGACGGCACCGUGCUGGACGUCGACGACGAGCACCACCCGGAGCUGCUGUACGCGAUGCGCGGCGGCGCCGCUGCCGGCGUCGGCGUCGUCUCCGAGAUCCGGCUCCGCGUCAUGGACGAGCCGGCCCGCGCAACGUGGCGCCUCACGCCGCUCACCAGGGACCAGCUGCGGCGGUGCGUGGCCAACCGCGCCUUCGCCCGCGCCGCCUCGCUCCCCGAGGACAUCACCCUGUCCUUUCGCUUCUUCUUCGAGCCGCACGACGAGAACCCCGUGUGCUCCCUCAACAUCUUUAGCCUCCUGACCGUCUCGGAAACCAUCGAGCACCUGCGCCGGCAGCUCGGCGCCGAGGUUGCGUCGCUGGUCGACGACGCGGCUGCGUGGAGCGAGAAGCGGCUGCUGGACCUCCGGCUGCUCCCGGCAUCGCGCGCGCUGUCCGCCGACCCCGGCAUGCUCUCGGAGCUCUCGUCCGCCCGGCUGCACGACAGCCCGCACGUCUUUUGGAACGGCGCCAUGGUCCGCCGCGAAACGGGCAGCUCGUUCCUCGACACGUCCUCCCACUGGGUCGGGACCGACUGCGACGCCAUGCUGCCCGAGAUAUACGCGCGGCUCGAGGCCGUCAAGCACCUGCCCAUGCGGGACAGGAUGUACCUCCUCGUGGUGCUCGGGGGAGGCGAGAGCCUGCGGCGGCGGCGCGACUGCGCCAUGCCCCUGGGCCGUGCGCUGGCCAGGUUUGAGGUUCACUGGGACCACGAGCACGAGGCGGGCGAGUGUCGCGCUUUCGCGGCCACGGUUGCCGACGUGCUGCGUCACCACCAGGACGCGGGCGUUGACCGGCCGUUCAGGGGCGACAUUUGGCGGCCGGAUCAGGCAUACAGCGAGGACGACGGCCUGCAUGCCAUCUCGAGGCGGUUUGAUAGGCGCUGGGGGCGAGGGCCACGCCGUGUCAGGUUGUGA